GCGAGAGAGAGAAGCAGUCAAACAUCACAUCGCCGAUUUUAUCGGAUCUGAUUUCAUCGCUUUGUCGCAAGGGAUACGAGGUGUGGUUUUGCCACCAUGAAGUUCGUCACGCUCUUCCUGGUCUUGUCGCUGGUGGUGCUCAUGGCCGAGCCCGGCGACUGUUUCUUUAAACACUUCAAAAAUCUGUGGAAAGGCGCCAAGGCGGCAUUCGGAGGAGCAAGGAGGGGAUGGGAAGCUCACCGAAACCAACUCCGUGAGCAAAAGAGGAUUGCCUGGGAGAACCAGCAACAGAACCGAACAGCAGCACCCGCCGCCACAGCAAUACAUGCCCAUUAUCCUCGAGGACUGAGCGCAACGUGCGAGGGGAAGAUGUGGCGCACACUGCAAAAUGAAAAUACAACCCGCUCGCUGGCAAAUUAAUCAACGGAGUUCGGCUCAACGCCUGUCGUUAUUUGAAAAGCUUUGACUUUAUUGUAAAUGUCUUGACGCUCAUCACCGCCCUGCUGAAUAAAGCAAAUAUGA